GCAAUGGGGGGGGGGGGGGGUGGAAGGAAGGUGCAUUUCCUGCGGGGGGGGGGAAGAGCGGGGUUUGCAUUUGCAGGGCGAAGGAGGGGUCUGCAAAGCAGCAGCUGCAAGAGCUUCCUGGGAGGUCUACUCAGAAAGAGAAGCCUCUCAUCACAGCCAACUGAAUGAAGGCAUCGUUCCACAGACGGAGGUGACUCAAGAGAAGGGGCAGGAGAUGGAAGAGCAGGACCCAGAAGGAGCUGGGACUGGCAAGAGAGCAAGCAAAGGCCUCGUUCCCCUCCAAGCUGGGAGUGGUGCUGAAUUCCGGGAAAGGGCUGGGCCAGAGACCCUGGCUGAGGGCACCAUGAUUUCAGAUGUACAUUGCCGAUGCUUCUGGCAGUUCCGCUACCAUGAGGCCAAUGGGCCCCGAGAGGUUUGCAGCCAGCUCCAUGGACUUUGCAGCCAGUGGCUGGAGCCGGAGAGGCACACCAAGAAGCAGAUCGUGGACCUGGUGAUCCUGGAGCAGUUCCUGACUCUCCUGCCCCAGGAAAUGCAGGGCUGGGUCAGAGGAUGUGGGCCGGAGACCAGUUCCCAGGCGGUGGCCCUGGCCGAAGGUUUCCUCCUGAGCCAGGCAGAGGAGAAGAGGCAGGCAGGACAGAUGUGGGCCACAUCCCUGGAGAAAGAAGCUACGUUCCCUGAGGCAGAAGGAGCUUCCUUGGAGCAAGGGCAGAAGGUGCAGGCCAUGGAGCGUGCCCAAGAUGCCCUCUCCUGUGGAACAGGCUGUGGAGAGAUGCUGUUGAGCCGUCGUCUUUUCAGAGGUGUGGAAACGACUGCUGCGCCUCCCAUCCAGGGUCCCUUUUCCUUGGAGGAGGUGUCCGUCUCUUUCACCGAGGCUGAGUGGGCCCUGCUGGAUCCGGACCAAAGAGAUCUCUACAGGGAAGUCAUGCUGGAGAACUAUGGGAACGUGGCCUCUCUAGCAGAGGAUGGUCAGAGGAAUGAGGAACUUCAUCAGCAAUUGCCAGACAGAGUUAAUAAUGAAGACAUAAGAGGAAACCUCAGGGAUAAAAGCAUACCUAAGAGAAAGAAAGACUGCUGUUUGGUUAAGGAAAGUUAUGGAAGAAAGCGUAAGAUACAUUUUCCAAAGCACAAUGUAAUGAAGACAAGUAAAACCAUUCAGUUUGGAAAGUACUUCAAAUAUAGAUCACAGUUUCCUGUGAAGCAAAGAAUACACAGAGGAGAGAAACCUCCACGGUGUGGAAAGAAAUUCAAUCAGAGUAGAAAUCUCCAACAGCAAAGAAUAUUUAAAGAUAAUAACCGUUUUGAAUGCUCAGAGUGUGGAAAGAGAUUCAGUAGCAAUGGCCAUCUUCAAGACCAUCAGCGAACCCACACAGGUGAGAAACCAUUUGAAUGCUCAGAGUGUGGUAAGAGAUUCAGUCAGAGUGGUAGUCUUCAGCGGCAUCAAAGAUCCCACACAGGUGAGAAACCUUUUGAAUGCUCAGAGUGUGGAAAGAGAUUCCGUGAGAGUGGCAGUCUUCAACGUCAUCAAAGAUCCCAUACAGGUGAGAAACCUUUUGAAUGUUCAGAGUGUGGAAAGAGAUUCGGUGAGAGUGGCCAUCUUCACCAACAUCAAAGAACACACAGAGGCGAGAAACUUUUCGAAUGUUCAGAGUGUAGGAAGAGAUUCAGUACAAGUAGUCAUCUUCAAGAGCAUCAGAGAACCCACACAGGGGAAAAACCGUUUGAAUGCUCAGAGUGUGGAAAGAGAUUCAGUCUAAGUGGCAAUCUUCAAGAGCAUCAGAGGACCCACACAGGGGAGAAACCUUUUGAAUGCUCAGAGUGUGGAAAGAGAUUCAGUCGGACUAGCAGUCUUCAAAAUCAUCAGCGGACCCACACAGGGGAGAAACCUUUUGAAUGCUCAGAGUGUGGAAGAAGAUUCAGUAUGAGUGACAGUCUUCAAAAGCAUCAGAGAACCCACACAGGUGAGAAACGAUUUGAAUGCUCAGUGUGUGGAAAGAGAUUCAGUACAGGUGGCAGUCUUCAGUGUCAUCAGAGAAUCCACACAGGGGAGAAACCUUUCGAAUGCUCAGAGUGUGGAAAGAGAUUCAGUAUGAGUGGCACUCUUCAAACACAUCAGAGAAUCCACACAGGGGAGAAACCUUUUGAAUGCUCAGAGUGUGGAACAAGAUUCAAGCAGAGGAGCCAUCUUCAAGACCAUGAAAGAAGCCACACAGGGGAAAAACGUUUUGAAUGCACAGACUGUGGGAAAAGAUUCAGUAGACGUGCUCAUCUUCAAAGUCAUCAAAGAAUCCACACAGGGGAGAAACCAUUUGAAUGCUCAGAAUGUGGAAAGAGAUUCAGUGAGAGUAGCACUCUUCAACAGCAUCAGAGAACCCACACAGGUGAGAAACCUUGUGAAUGCUCAGAGUGUGGAAAGAGAUUCAGUACAAGUAGUCAUCUUCAAGAGCAUCAGAGGACCCACACAGGGGAGAAACCUUUUGAAUGCUCGGAAUGUGGGAAGAGAUUCAGUCGGACUAGCACUCUUCAAAAGCAUCAGAGAACCCACACAGGGGAGAAACCUUUUCAGUGCUCAGAGUGUGGAAAGAGAUUCAAGCAGAGUGGCCAUCUUCAAGACCAUGAAAGAAGCCACACUGGGGAGAAACCUUUUGAAUGCUCAGUGUGUGGAAAGAGAUUCAGUCGGACUAGCACUCUUCGGCAGCAUCAGAGAACCCACACAGGGGAGAAACCGUUUGAAUGCUUCGAGUGUGGAAAGAGAUUCGUUCAGAGUGGCCAUCUUCAACAGCAUCAAAGAAUGCACAUCUUUUGAAUGCUCAGAGUGUGGAAUGAGAUUCAAUUUGAGUUCCAAUCUUCAAGAGCAUCGGAGAACCGACACAGAGGCGAAAGCUUUUGAAUGUUCAGAGUGUGGAAAGAGUUUCAUUCAAAGUGGCUAUCUUCAAAACCUUGAAAGAACCCACACAGGGGAAUAAUUCUUUGAAUGCUGAGUGUGUGGAAAGGGUCAUUCAGAAAUCAUAUUGCCAUCUCUCUACAGCAAGCAUUAGCCAAAGUGCUGCCAAGUAACAGGUACAAUAUAAAUGUUAAAUUGUAGGACAUUCUAGUACAGAGUUUAAGUCUCACAUGUGAAUAUAGUGUAUUCUUUGGUGUGUUAUAUACUGUGUAAUUGGCAUGAUAUAUUGCUCUGUUGCAAAUGCUAGAGAGCUUAUACAUAAAGAAGGAUUGAACACAAGAGUCAA